GUGUGAGCGACGGGGCGGAAAAUGUGAAUGAGCCUCCGAGCUUCAUCCAGCUUGGAGCCUCGUCAUUACUACAUUACAGGAUCUGCGGGAAACUGGGCGCUCCAUUUAAUUCAAGUAUUGCCAUCCCUACGCCCAGCUGUCGCAAACGUGACUCCCAAAUCCAUGGAGGGGUGUUUGUCGCCCACUCUUUGCCUGCACUGUACACGGAAGGGCCCCCGCUCCAGAAAUGGCCGAAAGGGUAGAAGCUUCCUAGUUGAGGCCUUGUGACGCUGCCAGGACUCUUUCCCGCUGGCCUCCUAGAAACCUGUCAUCAUUCACAAACUCUGUAUUAGCACCUUGGCCCAGAAUGGGUGCUCAGAAAACGAGUGUUAAAUGAGUUGGUGAGUCGCCUGAGACCUGAAUCACACUGCCACAGAAGCAUCCCUGGCCCAGAUCAGAAUGGAAGACAGCCACUCAAGGAAACACCAUGAAAAAUGCUGAUAUCAAGAGACUACUGUAUACCCAUCUUUUAUGCAUAUUCUCAAUUAUCUUAAGCAUCUUCAUUCCAUCAUUCUUUUUGGAGAACUUCUCAAUAUUGGAAACUCACUUGAUGUGGUUGUGCAUCUGUUCUGUUUUUGUAACUGCCGUCAAUCUAGUAUUAUAUUUAGUGGUGAAACCAAAUGCAUCCAGUAAAAGAAGUUCAUUAUCAUACAAGGUAACCAGAUUUUUGAAAUGCUGUUUCUACUUUCUUAUGUCUUGUUUCGUCUUUCAUGUAAUUUUUGUUCUAUAUGGAGCACCAUUAAUAGAGCUGGUGUUGGAAACAUUUUUAUUUGCAGUGAUCUUGUCUACUUUUACUACAGUACCUUGUUUGUGUUUGUUAGGACCAAACCUCAAAGCAUGGCUAAGGGUUUUCAGUAGAAACGGAGUUACAUCCGUUUGGGAGAAUAGUCUCCAGAUCACCACAAUUUCUAGUUUUCUAGGAACAUGGCUUGGAGCCUUUCCUAUUCCACUCGAUUGGGAAAGGCCAUGGCAGGUGUGGCCCAUCUCCUGCACGCUCGGAGCGACCUUUGGCUACGUGGCUGGCCUCGUCAUUUCCCCGCUCUGGAUCUACUGGAACAGAAAGCAGCUCACAUACAAGAACAAUUAAUUGGAACAAAGGAAGAUUUUUUGUGUGUGCAGAUUCCAUAAAGACUGUGCAGAAAUGUAUAUGGUCUAAGCCAGGCAGUCCCAUUUACAGCACUGUUUUUUUAUGUAGUUACAUGAUGUGAUUGUAGCUUUUAAAACUAUGAAACCCCUGAGAGAUUGUACCUUCUAGUCGAAAUAAAGUAUUUAUAAUAGA